AUCCCUACGUCGACGCUUGAUGACGUUUUCAUGCGACUUCCCGCGAUUUUGAAGACAACCAAUAGCGACCCUUCCUACUGAGUCGUUGGCGACAGCGUUCCACUAUGGACGUCGAACUGAUGGAGGUGUCCAGCGAGAAAACAGCCACAGAAGGCGGACUCAAACUGGACACGGAGGCCGGGAAGAGCUCCGGCUUCUACGACCUGCCCUGGGUGGAGAAGUACAGGCCGCUGAAGCUGAAUGAGAUUGUGGGCAACGAGGACACUGUUAGCCGGCUGGAGGUGUUCGCCAGGGAGGGAAACGUCCCAAACAUAAUAAUAGCAGGCCCCCCCGGAACCGGAAAGACCACCAGCAUCCUGUGUUUGGCUCGAGCUCUGCUGGGGGCUUCCAUGAAGGAUGCCGUGCUGGAGCUCAACGCCUCAAACGACAGAGGAAUCGACGUGGUGAGGAACAAGAUCAAGAUGUUUGCUCAGCAGAAGGUCACGCUGCCCAAAGGACGACACAAGAUCAUCAUUCUGGAUGAAGCAGACAGCAUGACAGACGGGGCUCAGCAGGCCCUCAGGAGGAUCAUGGAAAUCUACUCCAAGACGACGCGCUUCGCCCUGGCCUGCAACGCCUCCGACAAGAUCAUAGAGCCUAUCCAGUCGCGCUGCGCCGUGCUGCGCUACUCCAAACUGACGGACGGUCAGAUCCUCGCCCGGCUGCAGGACGUAGUGGAGAAGGAGCGUUUGUCCGUGUCGGACGACGGCCUGGAGGCGGUCAUCUUUACAGCGCAGGGGGACAUGCGACAGGCUCUCAACAAUCUGCAGUCCACCAACUCGGGCUUCGGCUACAUCAACAGUGAGAACGUGUUCAAGGUGUGCGACGAGCCGCAUCCUCUGAUGGUGAAAAGCAUGCUGGGACACUGCGUGGACGGAAACGUGGAUGAGGCGUACAAGGUGGUGGAGCAUCUGUGGGCGCUGGGGUACUCCCCAGAGGACAUCAUCGGGAACAUCUUCAGGGUAUGCAAGACCUUCCAGAUGGCCGAGUACCUCAAGCUGGAGUUCAUUAAGGAAAUUGGGUACACGCACAUGCGCGUGGUGGAGGGCGUCAACUCACUGCUGCAGCUGGCCGGACUCGUGGCUCGACUCUGCAGUAAGACGACGCCCCCUGCGGCCUGCUGACGCCACCCCGGAUGCCUGUAGUAAAUCUUUUUUUGUUUAUUAUAUAAUAAUCCACAUAUCCAAUGUCACCUAGCUGCAGUUUCAUGCAAAUAAAUCGACUAUUUAGCAGAAA